AAAUGAAGUCUAAGAGCGCACUCGUUAUUGGUGCUGGAGUGAUUGGUGCUACGACAGCAUUCGAGCUACUUGAAAAAGGGUAUAAUGUCACUCUUUUGGCAAAGCAGUUUGCUCAAGGUGACUACUCUGUAACUUCUGAGGUAGCUGCAGCACUAUGGGAGUAUCCACCAGGAGCAUAUGGUCGUCAUAACGAAGAAAUUCAAUUAAAAAUUCCAAAGAAAUGGGCUAUGGUUAGUUAUAACAAGUUUCUGACUCUUGGCGAGAACAGCAGUCAAACAGGAGUAWUUUUUCACCCGUUGUAUGCUUUCUUAACGGAAAAGAUGGAAGAAACAGCUGAACACCUGCAAAGAUUGAAGGACAUGUCCAAUAUACCAACUUUCCUACAUUCCGCCACUUUCAUCAAAGAAACAGGUGUGAGUCUGACUGGUCUUUUACCACUUGUUGAUGCCUACCGUGUACAAGCGCCAGCUAUCGAUACUGUUGCCUUCACGAAGUGGUUAUACAAUGAGUGUCGAGCAAAAGGGGCGAAAUUUGUCACAGGUGAAAUAAAAGGAAAACUGAUUGAGCAAAUUGAAGACCUCAAGAAAAAAUACAAUGUCGAUUUGAUUAUCAAUUGUAGCGGACUGGCAGCGAAAGAGUUGGCAGGAGACGAGAAAGUAUUCCCCCUCAGAGGUACCGAUCAUAGAUAA